ACAUGGAGCCCGACAGCUGGUUUGAAUUCUGCUGGUUAGAAACUGCGUGUUGAUUUCAGUGUUGCCAUCAACGGUAACGAAGAGGAAGCUGAAACACACAGAGGCUGGCGUGGGAAAGGCACCAGCCGCUGUCACACCGCCAUCACCUUAAGCAAGGUUGUGGUUAGGACACGUGAUCAGACACAUUCAGACAUAAAAGCCUGCAUUCAGACCCCGCCAGGCUCACACUGUCAGUCACAAUGAGGGGGCUGCUCGCACUCACCGCGCUGUUUGUGGCCGUUUUCGGCAAGGAGACCUUUGAGGGACAUCAGGUGCUUCGUAUUAAUGCAAAGAAUGAAGCCCAGCUGGCUCUCAUCAAGGACCUGGAGGACAUCAUCGAGUUUGAGCUGGAUUUCUGGAGGGGAGUGACCGAUGUGGCCAUCCCUGUGGAUGUGAGAGUACCCUUCCACAGCCUGCAGUCCGUCAAAAUCCACCUGGAGAGUAACGACAUCGAUUACUCCAUCAUGAUCGCAGACCUUCAGGCGAUGCUGGAUGAGGAGCAGUCGGAGAUGGUCUCUGCUGCUCGUGCGCCUGAGCCCAGAAACACUGAGAGCUACGACUAUGCCAGGUACCACCCCAUCAACGAGAUCUACAGUUUCCAGGACAUGCUGGUGGCUGAGAAUCCCAACAUAGUCAGCAAGAUUGUGAUCGGCCAGAGCUACCAGGGCCGUCCCCUGAACGUGCUCAAGUUCAGCACCGGUGGAACCAACCGUCCCGCCAUCUGGAUCGACACUGGAAUCCACUCCAGAGAGUGGGUGACUCAGGCCAGUGGGACCUGGUUCGCCAAAAAGAUCGUGACUGAUUACGGACGUGACGCUGCUCUCACCGCCAUCCUGAACAAGAUGGACAUCUACCUGGAGAUCGUGACCAACCCCGACGGCUAUUACUACUCCCACACCAGCAACCGUAUGUGGCGUAAGACCAGGAAACCCAACCCUGGCUCCAGCUGCAUGGGAGUCGAUCCCAACAGGAACUGGGAUGCUGGUUUUGGAGGAGCUGGUGCCAGCAGUAACCCCUGCUCAGAGACCUACCGUGGUCCCAGUGCUAACUCCGAGUCAGAGGUCAAGUCCAUUGUGGACUUUGUGAAGUCCCACGGUAACUUCAAGGCCUUCGUCUCAAUCCACUCCUACUCCCAGAUGCUCCUGUACCCCUACGGCUACACCAGGACACCCUGCAAGGACGAGGCCGAGCUGCACAGUCUGGCUAAGAAGGCUAUCACCGACCUGGCUUCCCUGUACGGUACUAGCUACAGAUAUGGCAGCAUCAUCAAUACCAUCUACCAAGCUAGCGGGGGCACCAUUGACUGGUCCUACAACCAGGGCGUCAAGUACUCCUACACCUUCGAGCUGAGGGACACCGGCCGCUAUGGCUUCGUCCUGCCAGCCAAUCAGAUCAUCCCCACCGCCACUGAGACCUGGCUGGCUCUGAUGGCCAUCAUGGACCACACCUACAAGAACCCCUACUAAAGUGUGUGUGUGUGUGUUUCUGUGUGUGCAUACAAUUGGAAAUCUCUGUGGAGAGAAUAUAGUUGGCAAAUGUCAUCCUUAAGACUACCAUCAUCAUCAUCAUGAGUCUUUAGAUGGAAGUGAAAAUCACAAACAAAUAAAUGAGCGCACCUAAAAACUG